AUGCACCACCAAGCUUAUACCACGCUUCAGUGUUUAGUGUUCAGCUGUUUACUUCAUCAGACAGACCGGCAGACACACACACACACACACACAGGUAGCAGACAGACUGAAGAAGGUGCUCUGAUGGAGGCAGAAGACCAGAUAUAUGUCAACAUAGAAGAGCUUGGUGAAUGCCACACUAAACAGAAACAACCGCGACACACCGAAACCAAGCCUGUGAGAACAGCUUCUGUGGCCAGAGGAGAAACUGAAACAUGCUCGUCUUUUAAAGUAGCUACAGUUUGCCUGGCACUGCUGUGUUUCCUCCUGCUGAUGACAGUCGUAGGAGUUGGUGUACAAUAUGGCCGAGACUUUAAUCAGCUGUCCAGAGACCUGGCCAAUCACACGGCGGAGAAAGACCAGCUCCUGGCCAGGUACCAGAAUCUGACUGACGAGAGAGAUCGGUUGCAAACCAGCCUCAACAGUGCCUUGUUCGAACUGAGCAACAUGAAGAAGAGUAUUGGAACAUGCCCUCAGGGAUGGAGGCACUCUGGUAGCAGUUGUUAUUUUUUCUAUACAACACUGAGCACAUGGGACAGCAGUAGACAUGCAUGUUUAAGCAAACAAGCAGACCUGGUGAUCAUUGACAACCAAGGAGAGAUGGAGUUUCUGAAUAAUCUCAGAGCCUAUUCGAAGUUUUGGAUCGGUCUGAGAAAGACAUCCACCCAAAGCGACUGGAUGUGGACCGACAACAGGCCACUUAGGACUGCGUAAGUGUUAAGAGAUAAUUUCAUCCUUCUUUAUUCUCUGAAAAUACAUUCAAAUUCAAAUUACAUGAAAGAACCAACACAUUUGCAACACCGGGACAACAUUCAUCAUAUUUCGUAUAUAGAUGAAUAGAGAGACUUUCGGCAUAUUAAACAUUGUUUGCAAAGUCAUUUGCUUCUCUUGGCCCUCUUGGCAAAUCAAAACAUGUAAAAAAGUUAAACCAUGAUUUCAAGCAUCAAAAACAAUCAUACUGAUCACAUAUAUUCUUUCUAUGUGUAUAAUGACAUACAUUUCCUCUCUUUUUCUAUGUCUCUCUGUCUUUCCUGAAUCAUUUUUAUCAAGGUACUGGCAAAACGGAUAUGCAACAAUAAACUACUAUCACACUCAGAGCUGUGCAGCUUUUAACAGUUUCAACACUCUUUGGGGGACAAUCAAAUCAUGGAGUAGAGAGUUGUGUUCUCAGCUCCUACAGGCAGUAUGUGAGAGACAGCCUGACAUGUCCUUUCGGCCGUGGUAACUGUGUGAUUUGUUUAGGAAAUGAUAUUUAAUAGGAGGGACAUUGUCUUACAAAACAAUUAAACAAACUAAACAAAAGUCAAAUGUAGAAAAAUAAUUAAAUGUGAUAUGCUAAAAAUGUACACAAUACACACACUUAUUGAAAUGACGAAGACAAAAAUAUAACAAGAGCUGCAGGUUUUUCUUACAUUUCACUGUAACAUCUGCCCCCUCAGACCAGAUAAUGCUUUGGCACAUCAGAACAGUUAUUUCUCAUUUGUUUUUAAUUAUUCCCUUUGUUAUCAUUUCUAAAUAAAACAUGUGAAAACACUGCAUGUCAUUUUUGUCAACACGGAGUGAUGAUAUGAUAUGAUGAAAGAGCUGCUUGCCAAUGAACAGGUGUAGUACUGGUGUCACCUGGGGGCAGGAGGGGUUUCUGUAUGCACAGUGUAGAAGGCAGAAGCUUUUCAGGUGCUGACUGGUGAAACCUACAACUACAACCCAGUGGUCAGUUUAAAUACAAGCUGAUAUUCAGUGAAUGGUUGAGUUAAGUUCCUGUUACUGGAAUACAUUCAGAAGUGGACUGAGUAUUGUUUUAAAUGUUUGCUCUGUUUACGGUGUACAAAUUUAAUCAGUGUCUACAAAAAUUCUCUUUUAACCAAAGAAAGCUUGUUGAGGUCUAUAAAGAUCUGUUUAAUUCCAAAUAAGCACUUUAAAUCAAGCUGACUGCUUGUAAUAGUUGCAGCUUUUAUGCGAUGGCAGUCAAAUCAAAUGAGCUUUCAUGUUUUUUUGGAUUUGCCAAUAAAUAUA